AUGGGUUUUGCUGGAAUUGAGCUUGAUUUGUGUACAUUGAACAUUUUGAUCAAUUGUUGUUGUCACUUGAAUAAUGUUAAUUCUGGGUUUGGUCUUUUUGGGGAGAUUUUGAAGAGAGGUUUGAAGCUGGAUUCAAUGACCGUCAAUACUCUGGUUAAGGGCUUGUGUAUGGAAGGUAAGGUUAUGAAUGCAGUCCAGUUGUUUGAUGAAAUGACUGAAAAGGGUGUCCAAGGAGACGUGUUCGCAUAUGGAAUUCUUAUUAAUUGGCUUUGUAAAAUCUGCGAGAUGGGUCUUGCUCUUGAGUUGCAUAGGAAGAUGUUAAAGACAAACUACGAGGUGAAUGUGUUUACAUAUAGCAUGAUCAUUGCUUCUCUUUGCAAGGAUGUGUUGAUAAGUAAGGCGAUUGAUAUCUACACAGAAAUGAUUGGCGGAGGAGUUUCUCCAGAUGUUAUUGUUUAUAGUUCUUUGAUUAAUGGAUUGUGUAGUACAGGCCGGUUGAAGGAAGCUGUAAGAUUUUUCGAUGAAAUGGUUGAUCAAGGAAUUCCUGCUGAUGCAUCUGGAGGGCGCGGAGGAGGUCUUGUAGAAGACGGUGAGAUGUUCCAGUCCAUGAGGAUAGAUCUAGAUUCCAAGCAAUCCUUGAGAUUGCCAAGCUUCAAGAUAGUAGCGAUAGUGGAAGAGAUCUUGGCGCAGACAACCCUCUGUGAAGCUUUCUUCCCUCUGAAGAUUCUGGCAUUCCUUUCCUCCCAGGUGCCUGGAUCACUCAGAGAUGAUGAAGCAGGCAACAAUGGAGAGUUAGUUGCUUGA